AUGCGCAAGCGUGCGGGCGCCAGCGAGGCGCUGCUCGACCUAUUGAAGCUCACUGGGCUCAAGAACAUCAAGCGGCAGUUUUUAAAGCUAAAGGACAAGAUGGCCCUGGACGAAGAACGAGGGCUCGACUUUAAGAAACAGCUGUUUAACAUGCGCUUCGACGGUAAUCCUGGUACUGGGAAGACCACGGUUGCCCGCUUGUACGCAAAAUUUCUAAAGGAGCGCGGCGUGUUGGAGGAAGAUAACGUGGAGGAGACCAGUGGCGCCAAGCUCGUGAAUGGAGGCACUGCUGAAAUUAAGAAGAUUUUGGAGGAAAAGUUGAAAGAUGGUGGCGUACUCUUCGUUGACGAGGCUUAUCAAUUGAACCCGAAGACGAAUCCUUUGGGAGCUCAAGUUUUGGACUUUUUGUUGCCGGAAAUGGAGAACCGCCGUGACAGCCUUGUCGUGAUCGUAGCCGGUUACCGCAAGCCCAUGGACGACCUGUUUGCCCACAACGAAGGUCUUCCGUCGCGGUUUCCGCACCACUUCACGUUUGAAGAUUACAACGACGCGGAACUAGAGAAGAUCUUUCUGGGCAUGGUUGCCAAAGAGUCCUUCGAGUUUGAGGACACCAAGCAUAUCCGCAUCGCGGCACGGCGCCUAGGCCGCCAGCGCGGCCAGACGGGCUUCAGCAAUGCCAGGGCCGUGCGGAACAUGUGGGACAAGUGUAAGGAGAGCCAGGCGGAACGCAUCAUCGAGGAUCGG